ACACAAAAAUAUUUUGUAUUUUGUGUUGGGAGUGUGGCACUGCAUGCACGAGUACAGCCAAUUGGAUUCAUUGAUUAGCGCUCUUUUGAUGAAUUUUUGUGUGUGACUUAUACUUUUGGUUCUGGUACUAAUUCAACAUCAAUUCAAAUGUUUUGAUUCUACCUGUAUCUUGUUACUCUAAGAAUUCCACCGAUUUUACUUCUAAUCCGAUAAAAUCGUGAAAAUUAUGCCAAAUAUAAAGUUACAAAGUUCCGAUGGAGAGGUAUUCGAAGUGGAUGUUGAUAUAGCAAAGUGUUCUGUCACUAUAAAAACUAUGCUUGAAGACUUAGGUAUGGAUGAAGAUGAAGAAGAAGUUGUACCAUUACCAAAUGUGAAUUCAGCUAUACUUAGAAAAGUAAUUCAGUGGGCAACGUAUCAUAAAGAUGAUCCACCUCCACCAGAAGAUGAUGAAAACAAGGAGAAAAGAACGGAUGACAUAAGUUCUUGGGACGCAGACUUUUUAAAGGUAGAUCAAGGAACAUUAUUUGAACUUAUAUUAGCUGCCAAUUAUUUAGACAUAAAAGGACUUCUAGAUGUAACAUGUAAAACCGUCGCUAAUAUGAUAAAAGGUAAAACACCUGAAGAAAUACGCAAAACGUUCAACAUAAAAAAUGAUUUUACUGCCUCUGAAGAAGAACAAGUUCGUAAAGAAAAUGAAUGGUGCGAAGAAAAAUAAGUUUAAGUAGAAAAUAAUUAUCUGCUAAAUUAGUCCUUUACGAAUAUGUACUGUAUUUGUUUAACUUUGUAUUCACACAUAGUCAUUUUCUAUUAAAUAUAAAGAAAAGUUGUCAUAUAUGUAUACAAAACAAAAA